AUGAAUAAUAGACAACUACCAAUUUUGGUAGUGUUGUUUCUAUGUAUUUUACAAACGAUUGUAUUUGCUGAAAAACAAGUUCAACAAUGUCCAGGAUAUUCAUUGUCAAACCUUCAGAGUACAAAGUACGGUUACUCUGCUCAGUUAAUCAUGAAUACACCAGGUCCCUAUGGAAAUGAUUUACCCGUUUUGAAUCUGUUUGUCAUCUUCCACACUCAACAGAUCAUUCAAGUCAUGAUUAAGGAUACUCACGGCGAACGUUGGCAACCACCAGCCAUUUCAAAGCUCAACUUCCCAACAAAGAAGCCAUCGCUUAUCGAUUACAACAUUCAAUUCAGUCAGAGUUCAUUCGGUUUCUCAAUUAAACGUGUUUCAAAUGGUGACGUUUUAUUUAAUACAACUGCACCACUUGAUUGUUCAACCAAUGGUUUAAUUUUUUCAGACCGUUAUUUAGAAUUGACAACAACUUUUCAAGAGACUAAUCCAAAUAUUUAUGGACUCGGUGAGCGUGCUGCUCCUCUUCGUCUUCAAAAUAACUUUACCUACACUAUCUGGAAUAAAGAUCAACCGACCCCAGAGAAUUUGAAUGUCUACGGUUCACAUCCAUUCUAUAUGCAGUUGAUGGACAAUGGAAAUGCAAAUGGUGUCUUUUUCCUCAAUUCUAAUGCUAUGGAUAUUGUCAUGAGACCAAACUCACUAACCUACAAAGUCACUGGUGGUAUUCUCGAUUUCUUCUUUAUGAUGGGACCAUCACCAGUCGAUGUUACCCGUCAAUACACCGAAAUCAUUGGUACCACUGCAAUGCCAUCAUACUGGUCAUUGGGAUGGCAUCAAUGUCGUUGGGGAUACAAAUCUGUAAAUGAAUCGAAAGAAGUUGCUUUAAAUUAUGCUAAAUAUGGUAUUCCAUUAGAAACAAUGUGGAAUGAUAUCGAUUAUAUGAAUAAGUUUGAAGAUUUUACAUUGGAUCCAGUUAAUUAUCCAGCAUCUGAAAUGACAGCAUAUGUCGAUUGGUUACAUUCAAACAAUCAACAUUAUAUCAUGAUUAUCGAUCCUGGAAUUCAUAUCAAUGAUACCUAUGAACCAUAUAAUGAUUUGAUUUCCGUAUAUGGAACACCUGCAACUGGAGUUGUAUGGCCAGGUGAUGUCAUUUUCCCAGAUUUUGGAAAUAUGAAGACCUAUUACUUCUGGAGAACUCAAUUGCAAAAUUUCCAUAACAUCGUGCCUUUUGACGGUGUUUGGAUCGAUAUGAAUGAGAUUUCCAACUUUUGCAAUGGCGAUUGCUCAGAGGAAAAUGAGAAUGGUAAUACUGGACCAGUAGAUAACUACGAUCCAAAUUAUCCACCAUACUUACCAGGUGGUUUCCCUUUGGACACUAAAACAAUCAACAUGUCCUCAGUAGUUUUCUUUAACACCUCUGUCUACAACAGUCAUAGUCUCUACGGAUACUCUGAGGGUUAUGCAACUUCUCUCAUUGUAGAACUGAUGCUCCAGAAACGUCCAACCGUCAUCUCACGUUCCACAUUUGCUGGAAGUGGUAGUAACCAUGCUCAUUGGUUGGGAGACAACCAAUCCACCUAUCGUAGUAUGUACCUCUCGAUUCCGGGUAUCUUGAACAUGAAUAUGUUUGGAGUAGGUUUGGUCGGUGCCGAUAUUUGCGGUUUGAUCGGUAACACCACUUUAGAUCUCUGUGCUCGUUGGAUUCAACUCGGUAACUUCUAUCCAUUCUCCAGAAGUCAUAACAACAACGAUACCAUCUCCCAAGAGCCAUAUGUAUUCGGUCCACAGGUUAUCAACAUCACCAUCAACGCCAUCAACUUGAAAUACUCACUACUCCCAUACUAUUACACACUGUUCUACAUUUCUCAUGCUCAAGGAGACCCAAUUGUUCGUCCAUUGUUCUUUGAGUAUCCAACCGAUACCAACACCUAUGCACUAGACACUCAAUUCCUCGUUGGAACAUCGAUCUUAGUGUCACCAGUACUCACAGAGAAUGCAACAACAGUCGACGCCUACUUCCCAGUCGAUGUUUGGUACGACUAUUUCAACGGUUCGCUAUUGCAAUCGGUUGGACAAGUCCAAACCCUCGAUGCGCCACUCGAUGUCAUCAACGUUCAUCUUCGUGGUGGUGCUAUCAUCCCAACUCAACCAACAAGACAAUACGUUCCACCAGAAGGAUCGAUUCCAGUGACCACACACAUCGCUCGUACAUUGCCCUUCACAUUGACAGUGGCACUCGCCGCCAACAACUCUGCAUACGGACAGCUUUUCCUCGACGACGGUAUCUCGAUUUCAACCUACCAACAAGGACAAUACUCACUAUUGGAAUUCCAAGCACAACCAUCCUCUUCCUCAUCGAUAAGUUUACAAUCAUCGGUUCUGGUCAACCGUUACGACAUCUCCUCACUCUUUAUCAACAGAGUAGUUGUCUAUGGUGCCGCUAAAACCAGUCAAGUCACAGUAAACAACAAAUCAUACAACAGCUUUUCAUAUUCAACAUUAACACAAUCACUUUCUAUCGACAAUCUUCAACUUCCACUCGACAACUACUUUAACAUUGAAUGGUCAUCAUAA